UCAAUUAAUUUUAUGAAAAUCGAGAGAAGCUUACAAUUUUCUUCAAAUUUACCAAUAAAAAGGAUAAAAUUUAUAAAUAAUUUACCACCAAUUAUAUCCACAUAACAUGUGCUAUUAGUUUUUGUUAAAUUAAGUUGAUUUACUAAAUAGCAUUGUAUAAAAAUUGGCAAAAGCGCGUGUGGUGUGGAGUUAUCUCCCACAAACAAUCUCACAAAAUGUCAACAUUACGUUUGCCGCGUUAAACAAAAAAAAACCAUAUAAACUCCCUCGGUUUAACUAUUUUUUCAAGUUAAACAUUUUUAUGAAGAAUUAACGCGUCGUUUUUGAUUUGUUAUAACUUUUUUAAUUAAAAGCAUCAAAUUGUUUUAUGAAUUUGAAAGAAUUGCGGAUAGACUAAACAAAUAAGGGCUUCUUGCAAAAAACGAAAAAAAAAAAAACAAUGACCAACAUGAAGCAAGAUUUUGAUGCUGAUCAAUUUGAGACUCGUUUGGAACACUUAAAAGACACACAAGAUGGAAUACAACAAAUGUCUGCUUGGUGUCUCCAUCAACGAGCUCAUCAUAAAAAAGUUGUUGCUAGCUGGUUAAAUGUUUUUAAAAAAGUUCGCGUUGAACAUCGGUUAGUUUUAUUUUAUUUGGCAAACGAUGUGAUCCAAUAUAGCAAACGGAAACGAUAUGAAUUUGUUGAAAGUUGGGCGACAGCUCUUCAAAGAGCUACAACAAUGGUCAGAGACGAUAAAGUUCGAAAUAAAAUAUUUCGUAUUUUUAAAAUAUGGGAACAAAGAGGCAUUUACAGUGAGGAAUACCUUAGUGACUUAAGUGGCCUGCUGAGUAUGAAUAUUUCGAAAAAAUCUCAUGCAUCCAAUAACGCAGAGGUCAUUCCUGAUGAAUUUCAAAGCUCUGCAUUGAUCUCAAAUAUAAGAGAAUGCGUUGAAUUGUCAACGGCAACAGACAAAAGUUUUAAAAACUUGCCCAAGGCACCUAAUUGUGAUAUUGAAAACAUCAAAACGGCUCUUAAAGAUAAGAGUCAUUCGGAUGAUGUCGAACAAGAACUUGAGAGAUAUGUAGCGAGCAUAGAGAAACAAAGAAAACAUUUGGCAGCUGAAAUUAAGAGUCGAAAAGCUGUAUUGGCGAAUUUAGAAACGGCAAUUACGUUCUAUGCAAGUCAAAGGGGAGAAGUGAAAGUCGUAGUCAGUGCUUAUAAAAACUUUGGUAGUAGAAUAAAACUGGUGAAAAAGAAGCUGGAUGAAAUUACACCUAAUUUACCGAGUCCUAUACCAUCACCAGAUAUUAAUGCGCCAUCACCGGAACCAGAUUCUGAUAUAAACUUACCAGACGAACAAAGUCCGUCUAUGAAUAUUUUUAAAAGUGCGUUUAAUGGAUAUACAAGUUAUUUAGAUGGUAAACUUCCAUUUGAUAUAAACGAUUUUAAAAGAGAUGACAGUCCAAAAGUCCCUAAUGCAUUAACAGCAAGUCAACCAAUUGAAGUAAUUGCCAGCAGAACAGAUUCUGAUGUCCUUGAUGAUAGUUUCAGUGGCCCGGGGUUUUACAAGCCCGAACCAAUCAAUUCAAUGGCCUCAAUCAACCCAUAUUCUGCGAGCACAAUAACACUACCCAUGCCGACAGGUCAGCCAGAAUAUUCAUCUCUAGCAAGACCAACGUCAUCCAAUUAUGUAUCUCCAUCACUGUCCUAUGGUGGAGGGCAUACAUCAAAUCGCUACAAUCCAAUGGUGCCUAAUUACGCCAGCGAUUCUAGUUAUAUCUCAAAUUCAUCAAAUAACAGCUAUGACGCAAGCAUGCCAUUAAUGCCACCACCAAUGCCACCAUCUCUUGGUGGCAACGGGUCUCAAAGUGAUGACUUCAAUUCAACAUGGGAUUUGGAUAUGUCAUGGACACCGCUCGACUCAUCCAAUCAAUUUAAUCAUUGCAUCGAUACGCCAAUAUCACCGGGACAUUUCGAUCAAGAAAGUAUACUCGACGAUAGUGUGGCAGAGUACGAUGAGCUGGAAAAUGACAUUAUGCCAAUGCAAGAUGUUGAUCAUCGUCAACUGCAUCUGCCGGUUCCAGUUGCACCACCUAUUCUACCGAACCUAGGGCCAAAUAAAUCACGUCAGCUGGAUAUUGACCAUAGAAAUCUUAUAUCACUGACUGGGUCGCCGAGGUGUAGGGAGAGGGACAGCGAUGAUAAAUAUAAGAGGGUUAAUAAGACUUGGGUGGCACCAUCCAAAGACAAGGAUUUCCGGACACCGAUGUCAGUAAACCCGCCUGUUAAACCACCCCAAGAACAACAGCCCCAACCACAGCCCCCCAAGACAGCAGAUAUUGAUUAUCGAACGUUGUCUAAUUCAUCCACGACUGAAAACAAAGCUUUAGCUGCCCCAGCACCACCGAUUCCACCUCUACAGCCACCUCCAAUGCUAACAGGCCUAUUAUCUUUUCCUCAAGUUCUUAUGGCACCGCCUACUGAAGUGAAAGAAGACACUCAACCCCAAAAAGAUACUGCAGUUACAGGUCGAACAAGCGAUGAACCGGGUUACGAUCCCAGUGAUAUGGUUGAAAGUAUCGAUAUGGAUAUGUCUGAUGAAGAUUUGGAAGAUAUUUUAAGAGAAGUAGCAUCAGAAGAUAGGCAGAAAGCGCUAAAGGAAAAAGAAAAGGAACUGGAACAAAAACAAAAACAAGACAAAUUACCAGAGCCAAAUCAAGGACAACAAGAUGGAGAAGAAAAUAAAAGAGAAGAACAAGAUGAAGAACAAAAUAGUCAAGAACCACCAAGUUCUGAAGAAUACGAUGCAAUAUCGAAUAACGAAGAGUAUAUUCCCGAAGAACCAACAGAAGAAGAAGAAAUGAAUAACACUGCUGGGAUGCCAACAAAACCGUUCUCAUAUCGAGAUAAUCUAAUACCAGUUGCUAAUAAUAGGCCACCCUUAUUAGACACACCCCCUACACCGAAUAACAAAAUCUGGGAUAAUCAGCAGCCGGCACAUGUGAAUCCUUUCUCGCGGACACCAUUCGACGAUCAACAGCCUCCAAACAACGGAAUGCAUAACAAUAUGAUGCGACCGCCAAUGAAUCCAUGGAAACAACAACAACAACAACCUCGAAUGCCUUUUCAUAUGCAACAACAACAACAACAACAACCACAAGACAACUUUCAACAACAAAUGCCACAUCAGGGUGGUAAUUUCCAUCAAUCUGGUGAAUUUCAUCAGCCUGUUGACUUUCAACAACACCGGCAGCAAUUUCAGAGGUUUCCACGUAGUCCAUUUCAACAAUCACCUCGAAACUUUAAUCCUCAUCAACCUCAAAGUCAUUUUCGUGGUUCACCCAGACCGCCCCGGGGCAACCCAUUCUUCUCACCUCGCGGCCGUGGUGGUGGACCUGGUGGACCACCAGGUGGCGGCGGCGGACCAGCUCCACGCGGUAAUAUGUUUCGUGGUAAAUUUCGAGGGAAUGCCUGGCAUUAAACAAUUAUUCUCAUUGCACAUUAAACAACUAUUCGUUUGCGUCGUAAGAAAUUAGUUUGUAAGAGUUCCAUAUUAAAAUUUAAAACCGUUUAACUAAAUCAUACGAAAAAGAGGACAAGAUCCCAAUGUUGUAAUUAUUAUUAUUAUUAAAUUAGAAUUUAUAUUAUUUAAACAAAAAAUAACAA